UCACACACACAGAGGGCCAGAGAAAGGGGAAGAGCAGGGGAGCGUUGGGGCUAGUGGAAAACUAGAAAGCCCUACUGAAAGGAGUGAGGAUAGGAGGGGAGAGGUGGCUAGGGGAGAGGCUCUGGGAAUAGGAAAACUGAGCAGGAAGGAGGGCGGAAAACUGUGGACUAAGGCGCUCCGGAGAACUGAACCCAGAGGAGUGGAAGGACGGAAGAUGUCAGCGAUUACGUCGGAGAAUGGCCUGGAAGACGCACACAGCAAAAGUUUCUGGGUGCCUGGGAACUACCAGCGUACGGUCAAGCGGACGGAGGACUCCUUCCAGGCGUGUAAUGACAUCGUGGCGUGCUUCCAGGAGAGGGCUCGUGUGGAGCGGCAGUACGCCCAGCAGCUCGCCGAGUGGAGCAACAAGUGGAAGCCCCUGGUGGAGACCAGCCCGCUCUACGGCUCCCUGCUGAAGGCGUGGAAGUGCUUCCUCUCCUCUGCGGACCGCCUGGCCUCCUACCACUCCUCCAUGUGCCGCUCGCUGGUGGCGGAGGACGGCGACCGCGUGCGCAGCUGGCAGAAGGAGAGCUUCCACAAGAAGUUCUUCGGAGGCUUCAAGGAGUCCCAGGACUUCGGCACCGGCUUCGCACGCGCUCAGAAGCCCUGGGCCAAGCGGCUUAAGAAGCUGGACAAGGCCCGCAGCGCGUACCACAAGGUGAGCCGGCGGGAGCAUCUGGUGCGGGAGCGGGAGGCGCACGCCGCCGGGAACCCCGACGUGGCCAUCGAGAAGCAGAAGAAGAUCCAGGAGGAGAGGGAGGCAGCCCAGCAGGUGGCCGACAAGGUGCGUGCGCGCUACGAGAAGGUCCUGGAGGAGGUGAGUCGCUACGCGCCGCGCUACAUGGAGGAGAUGGAGUGCAUCUUCGACCAAUCACAGGAGGAGGAGAGGAAGAGGAUCAGCUUCCUGAAGGAGGCCUUCCUCUCCAUCCACAAGCACCUCGACGUCACCACCAACCAGAGUGUGAAGGCUGUGUACAGCGAGCUCCACAACACCCUCAUGGCCAUCGACGACCAGGAGGACCUGAGGUGGUGGAAGAACACGUACGGACCGGGGAUGCCCACCGACUGGCCCCAGUUCCAGGAGUGGAAACAGGAGAAGAAAACUAAGAAGGAGAAAGUGAAGAAGGUGGUGGAGCAGAAAGCAGCCAUCGAGAAGAGUACGAUGAUCGGGGGGGUGAAGGUUCGAGCGCUGUACGACUACGAUGGCCAGGAGACUGAUGAGCUCACCUUUAAAUCAGGCGAGGAGUUCCUGAAGAUCGAGGACGAGGACGACCAGGGCUGGUGUCGGGGGGUCCUGGAGGGGGGUCGCGAGGGGCUGUACCCGGCCAACUACGUAGAGGCCGUCUAGGCCGUGUCACCGCCCGUCUCCAUGGCAACCCGUCCAGCAUCAGCAUCAGCGUCGACGUGAAACCGAUGGCGUACCCACGAGUGUGUUUGGAGUCUCAACCGUGUGCCAGAGGGGACAGAGACAGUUGUUUGUUGGUGGUGGUGUUUGGACGGUGGUGCUGGGAUGCUGGCGGUGUUGCGGGGGUGUUGCCAUGGACCACCUCAUCCUCAUCGGUGAAGCCAUCAGAGGUAAUGUAGCACUUAGCCAAAGAUCCGGGGUGUGACUAGAAGCUCAGCUCUGAGUCACACGCCCUCACCCCCAUCCGGGAAACCAGAAACUACCAGGACGUGUGAACCGAGAAAUAAGUUAAUAAAUCUUUUAAUAUAUAUAUCUACGGUAUAUACAGAAAUAUGUGUACGUAUAUAUUUUGUAUGCGUUCAUCACUCGUAUUCGAUUUAGGAACAGUGCAUUGAUGUACAUUGGGGCAGAAACAUGCUGGAUAUUGAAGGAACAAGAUGUUAUUAAGAGAGCUUUCAAUCAGUGCUGAAACCACUGCCCAGAUUAAAGGACAAAUCUGGUGUAAAAUGGAUUUGGGAUAUGUUUGGUAUGAUAACGAAUUGGAAUGUUUGUUUUGGAGCAAAAAAGCGCAAAACAUCUGAUUCUAUCAAAAUGCUGUUUUUAGCCGAUUCUAUCAAAACGCUAUUAACUUGGAACGAUAGGGGCAUGUGUUAU